AUGCCCAGCGCCACGAACACGGAGCACGACGAGUGCACAAUUUCUAUUAUGGGGCGCGUAGUAGAGAUGAUAGGAAAGGCUUGCCUUACUCCCAACGUUGUUCCUGAUAAUCUCUGGCACCAUCUGCCCGAAGUCUCCACAACGGAGGGCAUGAAGGAUGUCCUCGUCGUUUGUGCCGUAGGCCGGCUUCUUCCGGUCUUCUUCUCUCAGCACGUCGAAUGUCAGGAUGAGGUUGCCGUCAUCUCCUCAAAUGCUCUCAGAGUGGCACGGCAGAUCCAGGCUUCGGAUAAAUUCAGGUUUAGCUUCGCUGGCCGGCCUCUGAGUUUCAUCGGAGAUAUUUACGAAGUAUAUCUGCAGCAAGUCUGCAGGAUAUACUGUCACUUGCUUUCGGAGCAGGGAUAUCCUAUUCCCCUUGAACAGAUACGGCGUUUGCGCGAAUGCGACGAUUUUGAGCCAGGAUUCCGGGGUGGGCCAGGGGGCGGCAAGGCUCCCAAACAGCCAGAUAGCCUUUCUGAUUUGCGUUUGGACUUGGCUGUGGAAUGUUUCAUAGAUUUUGUCUUGGAGAAAUAG